UCUUUGAUGAUUCUCAGUGGUUCAGGGGCUGCUGCUGUGUGUUGUUGGGCGGCUGUUGGGGCCUGGAACCAUGGGCUCCGGGGGUGCGAGGUGCCCCGCAGGGCUGCUGUUGACCCUGGGCUGGCUGCUCCUGGCCGGCCUUAGGUUCUCCAGUGCGAUGAAUGUCACUGCCCUUCAGGACCCGGGUGUCACCCACGAGGCCGAGGCCCAGAGCCAGGGCGAGGGUGAGAACGAUGAGGACAACUACUACAAAGUGGAGGAGACAGAAGGCCCGACAGAGACUGAGGAUGAUGGUGAGGGAAGAGUUUUUAAUAGAACAAUAAUCAAAGAAGUAGAAUUUUGAAUGUGUACAGUCACAUGUGGUGUUGGUUUUAGAGAAGUUAUAUUAACAAAUAGGUGUCCUGGAGGUGAAUCCAAGUGCAUUGUUCAGGUAGAAGAAUGCCGUGGACCAGUAGAUUGUGGCUGGGGUCAACCAUUUUCAGAAAGUCUUCAAAGUGUUAGACUGGCUUGCAUUCGUACAUCUCCUGUAAAUCGCUUCAACUACAUAUGGAAACUUCUAAGGCCAGACCAACAACCUAUCAUACUUGCAAAUGAUUCAGCAAUCCUGGAAGUACGAAGAGAUAUUCACCCCUGGGCUUUUUAGUGUGACACUCUGGAUAGCAAUGAAGUGGUAGCAUCUGUUAGAUUCAUAGUCUAUACAGUAAAUGAAAUGCAGAUGAGAUCAAGCCGACCAGACACUGAUAGAGUCUUGGCAUUUGUGCUGAUCGUGGGAGUCAUUACCUGUAUAUACAUAAUCUUCGUAUUGUUCUUCAUGAUUAUAAAUUGGGUGGCAGUGAAAGCAUUCUGUGGGGCAAAGACUUCUAUGACUGAGAAGCACUCUGACAUGAGUUCUAUGAAAUACAAAGAUUCAACUUCUCUUGACCAGGCACCAGCAGAAAUACCCAGACACGAAGAAGAUGCAUUAAUUGAAUGGAAUGAAGAAAAUGUGGAUGGAGUAAGCUGA